AUGGGUUCGCACCCGGCACAAUCAGAAAACGCAAAGGAUGGCAUCGCCGACCUUGGCUUCACCCCCAUGAUCAAGGUUGACGAGCCGUGGACGGUUGACAAGGUAGUCAAGGAGAUGCCCGGUGAUGCGCCUGUCGAGGGUUCAAGCUCGCCGCUCGCCUUCUUCCACAUCCUCGAGCGCCUCAAGACGACGAAGCGCGAGGGCUGGAGACGCUUCGGAAUCGAACGGGGCGAAUCCAUUGCCGACCACAUGUACCGCAUGUCCCUCAUCUCCAUGUUUGCGCCGCCGUCCCUCGCUCCGAAGCUCGACCUGCCCAAGUGCAUGAAGAUGUGCCUGAUCCACGACAUGGCCGAGCUGCUCGUCGGCGACAUCACCCCCGUCGACGGCGUGCCCAAGCCCGAGAAGAACCGCCGCGAGGCCUCCACCAUGGACUACCUGACGGCGAACCUGCUGCGCGGCGUCGCCGGCGGCGUCACCGGCGCCGAGGUGCGCGCCAUCUGGCAGGAGUAUGAGGACUCGCAGACGCUCGACAGCCACUUUGUCCACGAUGUCGACAAGAUGGAGCUGCUGCUACAGAUGAUGGAGUACGAGCGCCGCGGCCAGGGCCACGUCGACCUCGGCGAGUUUGCCUACGUCGCCGGCAAGAUGACGCUGCCCGAGACGCGCGCCUGGGCUGACGAGCUCAUUGCCGAGCGCGAGGCGUUUUGGGGCGCCAGGAAGCACGUCCACGGCGACAAGGGCGCCGAGGGCGGCGUCACCGAGGCGCACAUCAAGCAGCAGGAGGACUACUAUCAGCGCGACUAA